GUUCCUGGCGGUGGCGCCCUAGCUCCAGCGCGGUGACAACAAGCGUUAAGGUAACAACCGCCGCCGCCGCCGCCGCCGCCGCCGCCGCCGCCGCCAGAGGAUGGCUUCCAGCUUCAAGAAGUCAAACGUGGCCUCCACCAGCCAGAAAAGAAAGGUGGAGCCUAAGCCCGAGCUCACUGAAGAUCAGAAGCAAGAAAUUCGCGAAGCGUUUGCCCUCUUCGAUGCCGACGGCAGCGGCACCAUCGACGUGAAGGAGCUGAAGGUGGCCUUGAGGGCGCUGGGCUUUGAACCCAGGAAGGAGGAGAUGAAGAGGAUAAUCGCCGAGGUGGACAAGGAAAGCACAGGGAAAGUCAGCUUCAAUGACUUCUUGGCUGUGAUGACUCAGAAGAUGGCCGAGAAAGACACCAAGGAAGAAAUCCUGAAGGCUUUCAGGCUCUUUGAUGAUGAUGAAACCGGGAAGAUCUCUUUCAAAAACCUAAAGCGCGUGGCCACCGAGUUGGGGGAAAACCUCACUGAUGAGGAGCUGCAGGAAAUGAUUGACGAAGCAGAUCGGGAUGGAGACGGUGAAGUGAACGAGGAAGAGUUUCUUCGGAUCAUGAAAAAGACCAGCCUCUACUGAAGUCGGUUUCUCCCGCAAGCAUGUGUAGGGAGAUUGAGUUGACUUGCUGGGUUCCCUGUUUCUGUUUUGUGAAACCUUGAGGUAGAGGCCAGCACUGUCUCUCCUCUUACCCCCAGCUGGUCUAGAUAGUUCUAUUUCCAAAUCUCUAGCUCAAUGAUAGAAUUUUAAAGAUGCUUU